CCACAACAAGGGUGAAUGGUCAGUACAUAAAGUAAAAGUUCGGCCCCAGAUGUACGGCUUCAGCUUCUGUAAUGCCCAUACAAUGGCAAGGCAUUCCUUCUCGAUGGUCGAAUAAUGUCUUUCCCUUGGUAGUAGUUUCUUGCUUAUGAAGGUGAUGGGAUGCAGGUCGUCCUUCUCUCCCUGUUGGCACAGCACGGCCCUGAUCCCGGCAUUAGAUGCAUCAGUGAAGACGGUGAACUCACGAUCAUAAUCAGGAGCAACAAGGACUGGAUUUGAUGUCAAGGCCCUUUUUAAGGCAUCAAACGCCUGCUGACAUGCUGCUGUCCAGUAUCUUAAUCUAUUCAGGAUUUUGUCCACCAAUCGCUGAAAAGUUGCUGGUGCAUUCUUUAAGCCAAAGGGCAUUAUUUUAAAUUCAAACAACCCUAAAGGACUUCUGAACGUAGUUUUCUCCUGGUCCUUAGGGUCCAUUUCUACUUGAUAGUGUAUCACCUCUUGACUUCAAGUCGUGUAGUGCCUCCUUCAGCUAGCAGCAUGUAAUGACACUGGCUUAUAGCUUCGUUCAGGUCAUCUAAACGCGGCAUUGGAUAUGCAUCCGCUUUAGUGACAUGGUUCAGCUUCCUAUAAUCUAGGCAAAAUCUAAUAGCUCCAUCAGAUUUGUCUAAUAACACUAUGGGUGCUGCCCAGGGACUUUCCGAAGUGGUUAUAAUCCCUGCCUUCAGCAUUGCCCUUAUCUCAUUGCUAACUUUCCCCACAUACUCUCCAGUUAUUCUAUGUGGGUUGACAGCAAUUGGCUUAGCAUCUCCAGUGUCAAUAUGAUGUACAACUCCCAUGUGUGCACCAACAACGCUAUUAUGGGCUUGUUGCAAAAUCUUUUCUCUAUAGGUAUGAGGGAUUACUAACUGUCUUUUCACUUCUUCAUGGUGGGUCAAGGACUUCUCGAUAUAAAAGGCCCUUGCUCAAACAAAACCAUUCUGGGCACUCAGGAGUUAACGACCUCUCCGACUCGGCUGCCUCAAAGUACUUUUGUAACUCAGUAUCUUCUUUUUGCUUUUUGACAAAACUUGAGGUUUGACUUUUAGUCAAAGGAAAUAAAAAGGUGUCUUUUCUUUCUUCACACUGAUCAUUCCCUUGCUGUCCUUCAGCAUUGUCUGCCUCUGCUACUGUAUCCACCCCCUCAGGAUUAGGUGACUGUGGGCUCCCUUUUGCUCUGGUAACUAUGAUAGUACUCUGCACAUGUUCUAAAAUGUCCCAAUCAAUGAGCACAUGGGCGGGAAUUUCUUCCGACAGGGCUACCUGCCACUUCCCUGCCCAGUUUUUGAAUCUGACAUCUACUUCCGCCACCUUUAGGAUUUCUGCUUGUUUCGAAAUUCCUUUUAAUUUCAUUACUUUUCCUGGAAUUAUGGCAUCAUCCCUAAUUAUAUCCGGGUGGACUAUGGUGACUUGCGAUCCUGUGUCCUUUAACCCGAGAUAUCUUUUUCCGUCUAUCCAGAUAUACUCUCCAGCGUUCUUUAACAAGAGAUUAUCUUGUUGAAUCACAUAACAGUGCAGGACUUUGGCCUCUACUACCUCAGCAGACUCAGGCCUAGUUGGCAUGUCUGUUUCCUUGACAACCUGGCUAGUUGGGCUCUGCUCCACAGACUGGAUACAAUGUCUGUUUCUGUGUGGUACGAUAACUAGAUGUUUCUUUUCCUGUUUUACAAUCAAAACGUUUACGACCUAAUUUCCCACAUCUCCAGCAUGAAAUGUCUUUGGGUCCUGCAUAACUUGUUUUAUUUACUUUUCCCUCAGUAAACUCUGUAUGGGUGUGUGCCUUCUCAUGUGGGCUUCCCUAUGAGGGGCUGCCUCUCUUAUCGGUUUCUGAGGUAAACUUUCCUUUGGUUUGCUGAAAGUUAUUCUUGUUUGUUUCCCAAUAUCUCCCACCAAAUUUUGGCCCAUCAAAUCCAUGGUCUCUGAUUUCAUUUAUUUUAUCAGCUAAACCCGCUGCUUCCUCUAUUGUCUUGGGGUUUCUUUCUUUUAUCAGGUACUUCAAUUGGCCAUUUAUUGUGUCGUAAAAUUGCUCCAACGCCAUCACUUCUCUAAUCUUAGGUACUGUGUCUGCAUUCUCUUGCUCUAACCAUAUUGUGAGGUAAGUUUUUAUCUUUGCACCCAUCUGCACAUAGGUUUCCUCCCUCACCUUUGUCACACUUCUAAAUUUUUUCCUCAACUGCUCUGAGGUAAUCCCAAAGCGUGUAUAUGCUAACUGCUUGUACACCUCAAAAUUUCGGGAUUGUUCCUCAGUCAUUUGAGCCUAUAAUUCGGCCAGAGGACCGCUUAUUCUAGCUCUCAAGAUCAUCAUUUUAUCUUCCUCUCUUACUUGAAAAUCGUGACAGGCUCUCUCGAAGGCUACUAGAAAUGCUUCUGGGCUAUCCCUAUCUCUAAAUUCAGGAAAGCGUUUUAAAUCUAUCUUCAUUUGAUUUUGCCCAUCGGUGUUAUUACUAUUAUUACUAUUUUCUAAUACCAUUAGUUCCAACCGUCUCAUCUCUAACUGAAACCGCUGCUGUUCCCUUUCCUGCUCUGCCCUCAAUUUUUCUUUUUCCAAUUCUUUCUCAAGCCUAUUUUUAUCAAGCUCUAAUUUCAAGUUAUAUUUUUGUACUAAUUUCCACUUUUCAAAAUCCUCUGAAAACUGUGGAACUUCUGCUUCAGGUGGGGUUUUAGUCAUCUCUUCUAUUCUGGUUUCUUCCCCCUGGGGAUUCCCAUUCUCUUCUCCAGAGCUUUCAUGUUGGUUUUCUCUCACUGAGUGCUUAGUCUUCUUGGGUGGCAUUAUGGUUGAGUCAAUAUUUUGCACUAAUGAAAUAAGAGACUUUUACUCUCAGCACUGUUCCUCCCAGCUUGGCUUUCCAAGACCCCGGUCCCCAAAGUAUAGCUUUAGGUUUUUCCCUCUAACCUUUCAAGCUUACUUCCUCUGACCCUGAGCCUAAGCCCCCGCCAGAACAGUCUUUUGAGAUCUCUUGCUCUUAUUGUUAUCUCGGCCAAACGGCAAUCUGGGGUUUAUCCUCAAUCACACCCUCAGGCCAGGUAAUCACUUCAUAUAUAAUAAUAAUAUAUUUAUACCCUGCCCAUCUAGCUGGGUUUCCUUAGCUACUCUGGGGGGCUUCCAAUAAAAUAUUAAAAUACAAUAGUCCUUCAGAUAUUAAAAGCUUCCCUAAACAGGGCUGCCUUCAGAUGUCUUCUAAAAAUCUGGUAGGUGUCUUUUCCUUUGACAUCUGGUGGGAGGGCAUUCCAAAGGGUGGGCACUACUACAGAGAAGGCCCUCUGCCUGGUUCCCUGUAACUUCGCUUCUUGCAGUGAGGGAACUGCAAGAAGGCCCUCAGUGCUGGACCUCAAUGUCCAGGCAGAACUAUAGGGGUGGAGAUGCUCCUUCAGGUAUACUGGAUGGAGGCCGGUUAGGGCUUUAAAGGUCAACACCAACACUUUGAAUUGUGCUUGGAAUCGUACUGGGAACCAAUUUUGGUCUUUCAAGACUGGUGUUAUGUGGUCUCGGCGGCUGCUCCUAGUCACCAGUCUAGUGGCUGCAUUCUGGAUUAGUUGUAGUUUCCGGGUCACCUUGAAAGGUAGCCCCACGUAGAGCGCAUUGCCGUAGUCCAAGCAGGAGAUAACUAGAGCAUGCACCACUCUGGCGAGACAGUCUGCGGGCAGGUAGGGUCUCAGCCUGCAUUCCAGAUGGAGCUGGUAAACAGUUGCCCUGGACGCAGAAUUGACCUGUGCCUCCAUGGACAUUAAAAACAGACAUUUAUGGAGGACUUCCGGAUCAGCGCCAUUAGCGAACGGGAGGAUUCUCUUCACACGGAGGGAAUCGGCUCCGCGAAAAUCGGGUCCUGAGCACUGCGGCGAAGCGGGGACCCAUAGAAAUCGCAGGCGCGGAAGCCUGCGAACGUGGAGACUCAGCGGCCACCCUUUAGCGCCCCCCCAAAUCGCGAGGAAGCCUUGUUUUUUGAGGCUUCGGAGCGGAACGGGGGAGAGACGCGGUGCUGUGAGUUGAUUGCUGCUUUCGCGGAGCGAAGCCGUGUUGCCGUUGCUGGAGAGCGCUGAUUUCUUCCUGGAACAUUCGGACUAAAAGAUUGAUCGUGAGUAGGAGAAAUUGGAUCUAAAGCUAAUGAAUUGGACUAAAAUUUGAAAGGCUUUAUUUGGAACAAAAACAAGGAUUAAAAUUGACUACUGCGGUGGGAAGUGUAAACAGGAAGUCCGCUUCCCGCCUUGUAAAUAGCGUAAAGCAUAGAGACUUUGAGCUAAACGUUGGAAAUUGAUUUGAAAAGAGCUGUUUUCCGACCUGAGAACCUUUGGUGAAUCUACCCUUCUGAGAAAUAAAAAAGGAAGGGGUUUGCUUUUCUGGACUGUAUAAAUGUUUAAAGAGUGAUUUGUCAGUGAGACGUCUCAGCUGUCAAAAUCUGUCAAAGUCAACUGCUGACAGUAAGGUGGAUAUACUGUGGCCAGCCUCGCUGGAAAAAUAACUGGAAAGUUACAUUUUGGAACUGUAUCCUGAUCUUUGUUUAUACUUAGUUUCUCUUUCCUUUCCUGUUAUUCAAUAAGGAAAGUGACUAGUUUGGAUGGUGGUAACAGUGUCCACCUAGUGGGACUCCCUGAAAUUGCAGCAAAGGAAUUUUCCACUGGUAAACAGGAACAGCAUAGUUGAAUACGGCCUUGACCUUCACAUUGUUAUGGCAGAUGGCAGAGAGAAAUUAGACCCGUCAGUUUUGAGAUCUGGGAAACCUUGGGGGCAUCGAAGGCAAUCAUCUGCCGGCUUGCCUACGACAGCAACACAAGUUAAGUCCAGUGGAAUGUCUGAAGAAAUUCUAGCCAGUGCCCUGGCCAAGAUUAAUGAAACUUUACAACAACUUAGCACAAAGGUUGAUGAGACGAAUAAGAAGGUCGAAGAAACGAACCAGAAAGUGGACAUUGCAAAUAAAAAAAUUGACUUAAAUACAGAAACAUUAGACAACUUGGGGAAAAAGGUAAAUAGCAAUACAGAAUCCAUUCAGAGACUAUUGCAGGACUCAAAGUCCAUACAGGAAAAAACUGCUGCUGUGGAAUUUAAAGUGGGGCAAUUGGAAACUGAGAAGGUACCAGACUUACAGAAAGAGAUUGCAGAACAUAAGCUGAUGCUGUCUAUGAUCGAACUUAGAGACAAACAAUCCAAUCUAAGAAUUAGAGCUGUUCCUGAACUGGAGAAGGGCACCUUGAUAGAUUUUCUGACACAAGAAUUUGCGGAAUUUUGGAAAUCGGAUUUGAAACAAGAAGAUUUCAAGAUUGUGAGGGCCUUCAGAUUGGGAAAAGGAGGAAAAAAGAUUAAAAUAAGGGAUUGUUUGAUUACCCUCCGAUCCAAAGAAGAGAGGGAUAAAAUUCUAGGUUUGCAUUAUGAGAAACCUUUGACAAUUCUGCAAUCAAAAGUGGAAAUCUUUAAAGAUAUACCGAAACACCUUUUGGAUUUAAGACAAGACUUUGGAGACUUGGUGGCCCUGUUGAGAAAAAAUAAGAUCCUCUUCAGGUGGGAAUUUCCCCAAGGCCUAUCCUUUAGCUUUAAAGGAAGAAAAACAAAUAUAAGAUCAGUGGAGGAAAAGAACAAGUUUCUGAGCGCAUACGAAGAAGAUCUACAGAAAGGAUUGGGAAAAGAGCCUGUUGUACCGGAUAAGAGUCUGCAAAAAAAAGUGAAACCAACGCCACCGACAGAUAUAGACAAACUUCUGGGGGCUGUUGGGGGAGAAGGAGAGUAAGUACAAAAUGACACUGCAAGUAUUAAGUUGGAACAUUAAUGGCUUAAAUUCUUCGGAAAAAAGGGGGAGAGUAUUUCAUAUAUUAAAAAAAGAACAUUUGGACUUGAUUUGUUUACAAGAAACGCACGUGACAAGGCUACAUCGGAAAAUUUUGAUUAAUAAAAGAUUGGGAGAAGAAUUUAUUUCAUCGGACAAUGUGAAAAAAAGAGGAGUAGUACUCUAUGCAAAGGAAAGCCUGUCACCAAAAUUUCUAUUUAAAGAUGAUCAAGGAAGAUAUAUAGCAAUUGAAAUUCAGCUUCAUGGUCAGAAGUUUUUGAUAUUAGGUGUUUAUGCGCCAAAUGAGGGAAAAUCAGAAUUCUUUUAAAAAACUGCAUGAAACCCUAUUGGACUAUUUGGAUUACAAUAUAAUUUUGAUGGGAGGCAUGAAUGGAGUAGUGUCUACAAACAUGGAUAAAGCCCAAAGACAAACGGUGACGAAAGAUGGCAGACUACCAAAGACAUUUUUUGAAAUGACUGACAAUAUGGACCUUGUGGAUAUUUGGAGAAUAAAGAACCCCUUGGAAAGAGAAGGAACCUUCUUCUCUGAAGCAAAAAUGACAUGGACAAGAAUAGACCAAAUUUGGAUAACUAGGGGACUGGCCCCUAAGACAAAAAAAGCGGUAAUUUGUCCUAAAAUCUGCUCUGACCACAACCCAGUAAAGAUGGAAAUGAUAUUAACGCCAAUUGGAGCUUUCAGAUGGAGGAUGAAUGACUCCUUGCUCAGGAAUGAGGAAAUUAUUAAAAAGGCCCAGAAAAACCUGAGAGACUACUUUGAGAUAAAUAUGAACACUACGACUGAGAAAAGAGUGAUUUGGGAUGCAAGUAAAGCGGUGAUGAGAGGGUUUCUGAUACAACAAAAUGCAAUUAGGAAAAGACACCAAAAUGAGAAGAGAGAAAAAUUUUUGGAGAAAAUUAAGGAUGGAGAAAAAAGACUGAGGGCAAAACCGAAUUCACAGGAGAUUCUAAAAGAGAUAAAGCUAUACCAAGUACAAUAUAUGAAACUGAUGAAUCAGGAAAUAGAAUGGAAGAUUAAACAGAUGAGACAAAAGACAUUUGAAUCGGCAAAUAAGUGUGGGAAAUUAUUGGCAUGGCAAAUGAAAAAAAGACAAAAGCUUAAUACUAUCACGAAUUUGGUAGUAGAAGGGAAGAACAUACAGAAUCCUGGGGAGAUUCGAAAGUGUUUUCAGAAAUAUUUUAAACAGUUAUAUACCCAGGAGACCCAGAAAGAAAUAGACAUUGAUCGGUUCUUGAAAACAAAUGGAUUACAAAAAGUAUCUCAAGAGAGUAAAUCAAUAUUAAACUCUACAAUAUCUGAUCAAGAGGUGGAAGGAGCUAUUCAGGACAUGAAAUUGGGCAAAUCUCCAGGGCCAGAUGGUCUGACUGCAAAGUAUUAUAAAUCUUUGAAAGAAUGGUUAAUGCAGCCUUUGAAAGAAGUUUGCAAUGAAAUACUACGGGGAGGAAAGGCACCCGAGUCGUGGAAAGAAGCAUACAUUACACUUAUACUGAAAACAGAAGUGGAAAAGACACAGCUGAAGAACUACCGUCCCAUAUCCCUACUUAACGUGGAUUACAAAAUUUUUGCAGAAAUUAUGGCUAAAAGAUUAAAAAAUGUAUUGGUGAAAGAAAUUCACAAGGACCAAGCGGGCUUUCUCCCGGGGAGACAUUUGUCAGACAAUACGAGGAAUAUUAUUAAUAUUUUAGAAAAAUUGCAAGUUAAUAUUAAUACUAAAGCAGUUUUAGUAUUUGUGGACGCGGAGAAAGCCUUUGAUAAUAUUUCUUGGAAUUUUAUGAAGAAAAAUCUGCAGGGGAUGGGGGUAGGUCAAAGUUUUGAAAACGGUAUAGGUGCAAUUUAUUCGGAACAAAAAGCUAAGUUGAUUGUAAAUAACGUAGUUACAGAAGAAUUUAAGAUAGAGAAAGGAACAAGACAGGGUUGCCCAAUCUCCCCACUGCUUUUUAUAUCGGUCCUGGAGGUUUUGCUUAACAUGAUCAGGAAAGACCAAUUGGUCAAAGGUAUACAACUCGGAGCUAAACAGUACAAAUUGAAAGCUUUUGCUGAUGAUUUAGUUUUGACACUACAGGAGCCAGAAUCCAGUACAAAAAGAGUAUUGCAAUUAAUUCAAGAAUUUGGUCAAGUAGCAGGUUUUAAAUUGAAUAAGAUGAAAACUAAGGUAUUAGAGAAAAAUCUUACAGAGAUUGAGAAAGAGAGGUUUCAGAAGGAGACAGGAUUAACAUUAGUUAAGAAAGUGAAAUAUUUAGGGGUUCAUAUGACUGCUAAAAAUGUGAAUUUGUUUAAAGAUAAUUAUGAAAAAUGUUGGUUAGAAGUAAAGAAGGAUUUGGAAAUAUGGUCAAAAUUGAAGCUAUCAUUGUUGGGCCGAAUUGCUGCGAUAAAGAUGAAUGUAUUGCCUAGGAUGUUGUUUCUGUUUCAAACAUUACAGAUUUUGGACAAAAUGGACUGUUUCAAGAAAUGGCAGAGAGAUAUUUCGAGAUUUGUAUGGCAGGGCAAAAAGCCAAGAAUAAAAUUUAAGAUUUUAACUGAUGCUAAAGAAAGAGGUGGAUUUGCCCUGCCAGACCUUAAACUUUAUUAUGAAUCAGCCGCAUUUUGCUGGCUGAAAGAUUGGCUGCUUCUUGAAAACACGGACAUUUUGGACUUAGAAGGUUUUGACAAUGUUUUUGGAUGGCAUGCAUACUUAUGGUAUGACAAGGUUAAAGUGCAUAAGGCCUUUAAGAACCAUAUUGUCAGGAAAGCACUGUUUAAUGUUUGGGUGAGAUAUAAGGAUUUGUUGGAAAGUAAAACACCAAGGUGGCUGUCACCAAUGGAGGCUAAGGCUUUGAAAAAAACUAAUAUGGAGACAAACUGGCCAAAAUAUUGUGAAAUUUUAGAACAAGUUGGAGAUAAACUAAAGCUGCAGAGUUUCGACAAACUAAAAACCAAAGUUCGAGACUGGCUUCAUUAUUAUCAAAUAAGGGAGGCUUUUAAUUCAGAUAAAAAGAUUGGUUUCCAGGAGGAAAAAUCCAAAUUGGAAACUGAAUUGUUAGAUCCUAAAACUAAGAAUUUGUCAAGAAUGUAUAAUUUGUUGCUGAAAUGGAAUACACAGGAUGAAAUGGUUAAAUCUGUUAUGAUUAAAUGGGCACAAGAUUUUGGACAUAACAUUAUGUUUGCUGACUGGGAACGGUUAUGGACCACAGGUAUGAAAUUUACGGCUUGUAAUGCCUUAAGAGAAAAUAUAAUGAAAAUGAUCUACAGGUGGUACUUAACCCCAGUCAAGCUAGCAAAAAAUUAUCAUUUGCCCGAUAAUAAAUGUUGGAAAUGUAGAGAAAAUGAAGGUACAUUUUUUCACCUUUGGUGGACGUGCCCAAAGAUCAAGGCCUUCUGGGAAAUGAUAUAUAAUGAAUUAAAAAGGUAUUGAAAUAUACUUUUCUGAAGAAACCAGAGGCCUUCCUCCUGGGCAUGGUCGGCCAAUUGGUGCGAAGGGAAGAUAGAACUUUUUUUCAUGUAUGCGACAGCAGCAGCAAGAAUACUCAUUGGGAAGUACUGGAAGACACAAGAAUUGCCUACCCGAGAAGAAUGGCAGAUGAAAGUAAUGGACUAUAUGGAAUUGGCUGAGAUGACCGGCAGAAUUCGAGACCAGGGAGAAGGGUCGAUGGAAGAAGACUGGAAAAAAUUUAAAAUAUAUCUUCAAAAAUAUUGCAAUAUAAAAGAAUGUUAGAAAGAGGUUGGAAAAAGAAUAUUAGGUCGUUUUGGCAGAUAUGAUAUAAUGGAUUAAGUAAAAAUGAGGUAUGGAAAUUGAUGAAAUAGAGGAGGAUUAAUUACAUUAUUGAACGUUAAAAUAAGUAAAUGAAAAGAAGGUUAGAAGGAUUUGCUGGAAAUACGAUUUGAACUAGAAUACAAAGCUGGGAGGUGAGAGGAGGUCAUGGAAAUAAGUGAAGGGGAAAAAAGGUUAGGUAAAGGUUUAAUUUUUGUUUUAUUUUAAUGUAAUGUAGUUUUAUAUUUUUUGUCAAGUUUUUUUUAUUGUUUGUUUUUUGUUAUAUGUCUAUUCUAUUUUGUAUGGUUUUUCUUUUCUUUUUUGUAAUCCUAAACUUGGAAUAAAUAUCAUUUAAAAAAAAACAACAACAGACAUUUAUGACACAGCAAUAUUAGUCAUAUCCAGUCCUUUUUUUCCUAGAAAAAGAGGUGCCAGUACUCACCAUGAAGUUGUUAAGGUAAGUGCCACACUUUUAAACAACAACAACAAAGAGGUGCCAGUACUGCAUACCCUUGUGUACCCCCUGGGGGGGGAAGCAUUGGUCAUAUCUGUUAAUUUCAACAUGUUUACUUUCAGUAGGACUAACUCACAGUGGAUUCAACUCACAGUGCUUUCAAUGUGAACGACCAAGGAAAUGUGUAAUGGAGCGUAACAAAUAAUUGCUCACAGCAGGUUAUGUGUGAUGUGUUUUUCCCCCCUAGGAACCUCUGAAAUGAUCUGCCGUUCCAUUGCCCACCAAACUGACUCAGUGGUUAUGUGUGCUGAGUAAGUAUCUUCAUGCUUGUUGUAGCAGAAAAAAGAGUAUUUCCCCUCAGUUUCUAACCCUUCCACAUGAGCCCAGAAAAAAGCUGAUUUUGCCAACAUGGUGAAUUUGCCAACCUUUAGAAUGGGUGUUCACCUUUGUAUUUUGAUUUUUAUGCCUUUGGACCCAAUCCCUCUGGCUUUAAUGAUAAGAAGAGCUCUGCUGGAUCAGGCCAUUAAACUACUUUUACAGAAAAGCACCACAUCAACCCAUAAAAAGCCAUUAGGAUUCUUCUCCUAAGGCAAAAUGGCCCUGCGGUUGAGAGGGAAAGUGCAGCUGGAGUUAAGGUGAACUUCUCUCCGGCAAAUAAGCUCAAGCUGUUCCCAACUGUCCCGUCAGCCACACUUACCAUCCAAUGAGAGCAGUGGUACAUUGGGCAAUGGGAGAAGUGUCAUUUGCCAGGGCUUCAGAGCCCUUUACAAGGCAAGCCUUCCCGACAGUAAUGGACAUCAUCUCUCCCAAUGGCUGCCCUCACUGCCUUAAUGCACCUUUGGUGCAUGAUCUGAAGCCUCCUGGCCAAGGUGGGUGAACUGGAGUUCUUGGCUUUAAGGCCAUAUGGUUUAAAGUGGGCAGAAAGAGUGGGAAGCACUGAUCUCAGGAAGGCAUGGUGGGACAUACUAGAGGUGAUUCAGAACUGGGGUUGUUUUCCUGAGAUGGAAAAGGAAAUCAAGGAAACAUUCAAAAUAUAGAAGUUGGUUAUAUUAGGCAUGUCAUGUGGAAAGUGGCCUGGGGAAAUGUGUUUGUCGCUCUCUCUGAACUCUAGAACAUGUGGACAUUCAAUGAAGCUGAAUGCUAGAAGAUUCAGAUAAAAGAAAGUACUUAUCCAUACAGUGCAAAAUUAAACUAUGGAACUAAUUCCCACAGAAAGCAGAGAAAGCUUCCAAUGUGGAUGGCUUUGAAAAGGGAUUAAAUAAUUGGGCAGAGUAUAAGGCUACCAGUGGCUCCUAGCUAUGCUGGCUAUAGUCUGCCUCUAUGGUCGGAAUCAGAUUUGACCAGCGGCCACUGAGAAUGGGAUGCUGAACUAGCAUUAUAUUUGGGUGCAGAGCAUCAGCCACAGGGGCUGAAUGUUGCACUCUGGGCCACUUCAUUUCCCCUCUGACCCCAGACCCCACCCCUGCACCAUUGCCCCUCUUUUGCACCAUCCUUGAGUGGCAUCUGACUGGUGUGAAUGUGUCUUGCUUGCUUGGUUGGAGGGUAGAGAAAGGUGUGUGGCUGUGUGUAGGAACCAACCUACUUGUCCAGUGGGAAAGUUCGCAUUUGCUUUCCAUUUUGCUCUCUGGUCCGCCCACAGCUGACAUGUGGCCCCCAGGAAGGUUGCAUAGAAAGGAAUGUGGCCCUAGGGGUGCCACCCUUGCAAUAUGCCAUUGCAGGAAAAUGCUGCAAAGUGUAUGAUGUGUUAUGUACUGAAGUUCUCACCCUGGGCCAGCAGGGGGAUACUGUAGAUAGUUAUGCAAAUGAAGGAUCGAAAGUGACGUUCAGUGAUUGGAUAGUUUGUAUGCAAAUGAAGGAUUGAAAGUGACAUUCAGUGAUUGGCUAGUUACAGAAAAUGGUUACUGUUGCAUUCUAUUGGAGCUCUAUAUAAGCAGGCUGACCGAGCUCCUCAGUUCAGUUCUGUUCCAGCUUACAAAUAAAGAGCUGCUUUGGAAGAAUCGCUGUGUCGUCUGAUAUGUUCGCCCACGACUUAACAUGAUGAAUGCUGAUGACAUCUUGCCUUCUCUUUAGGUAUCGCUUAGCUCCUGAGCAUCCGUAUCCAGUCCCUGUACUGGACUGUUUAACUGCUGUAAUAUACUUUAUGAAAAAUGCAAAGGAAUAUGGAGUGGACGCCAGCUGCAUUGCCAUUGCUGGGGAGAGUAGUGGAGGCACUUUUACUGCAGCCAUUUGCCAAGAACUGGUGACCAGAGAGGACCUCCCAAGAGUGCGAGCUCAGGUCCUCAUUUACCCAUUCCUCCAAGGAAUGGACUUCAAUCUGCCAUCCUAUCAGCAAAACCAUUCAGUUCCUCCUAUGUUCCGGAAAAGAACUGUCAAAGUUGGUUUGACAUAUCUCACUGGGAAGACAAUGAAUGUAGAUGGAGUUCUGAAAGGCGCCCAUGUCCCUCCUGAUUUGAGAGAGAAAUACCAAAAAUGGAUAAGUGCUGAUAACAUUCCAGAAGAAUUUAAAGCUAGGGGCUAUGUUCCUGUAGAACCUGCUCCAUUUUCAGAAGAACUUUAUGAACAAGUUAAAAGAGGUACUGAGACAAUGUUUGCCCCCCUUCUAGCAGAGGAUGACAUAAUCCGCCAGCUCCCGGGGACUUUCAUUCUAACCUGUGAAUAUGAUGGAUUCCGGGACGAUGGGCUGUUGUACAAGAAGCGGUUAGAGGACAAUGGUGUGCCAGUGACAUGGUAUCAUGUUCAAGAUGGAUACCACGGAAUAAUGGCCUUGGCUGGUUGGGGGCCACUUGCAUUCCUGAACACACAGAAAUGUUUGCAGAGUGUAAUACAGUUCUUAAAAGGUUUAUAGAAAUGAAUGACCUUGUAGGAGUGCAAAUAUCCAGAGUGUGGGGUCAGGUGGGACUACUAUGCACUACUACUAUGCAUAUAUAAAAUAUGCAUCAAGUCAUUGUAUCCACGAUGAAUGCAUUGUGUUGACUGGGUUUAAUUCAUUGACAAUAAUUUCUGAUCAAAUCCCACAACCCUCUGCAUCUCUGGCCACUUCCUCUACUGCCCAUCUCUCUUGCUUGACAAGUCACUUACACAGCCCAGUUGCUUCGCCGGGCAGGCAUCCUGGGUCAUCAAAGACAGUGGGCAGUUUCUUUGAUGUAGCUUUUCUGAUGUUAAUCUUAGGAUGUUAAUCUUAUGGCCAGGAAACAGAUCUCACCUGAAGGUUAUAAUGAUCGCUGUCUUCCUGGCCAUCCUCCUUAUCAUGUAUAUUGCUUGUUUAUGACCUCAGGGGUUGCCAAAUGUACUCCUUUGUAGUUCUGUUUUGUUUACCCCAGAAAUAUGUGUACUUAAUUAGUUUUGGUAGUUUAACUUUGUCCCCAUAUGGGGUUUGUUGAAAUGCUCAGAGGAAAUCUGAUUGGUUCUUAUGAACACUCUGUAAAAGUUCUUUUGUGAAUAAAACGACCUGGGCCAAGGGAGAUUAUUAUACUCACCCUUCCCAGAGUCUUGCUGGUUCAA